AUGUCGCGGGGAGCGGUGCGGGUGCUGCGGUUGGGGCCGCGGCCCUACGCCGAGGCGCUGCGGGUGCAGGAACGCUGCGUGGGGGCGGCGCGGGCGGCCCGAGCCGGCCCCAUCCCCGUCCCCGUCCCGGUAGCGGUUCCCAACCCGGGGGAGAGCGUGGUGCUGAGCGAACCGGCGGAGCCCGUGUACGCGUGGGGGCUGCGGGGAGCCCCGGGGGCGGAGGCGGCGGAGCGGCUGCGGGCGCGGGGAGCGGGGCUGGCGGCGGCGCGGCGGGGCGGGCGGAUCACGUUCCACGGGCCCGGGCAGCUCCUGGCCUUCCCGGUGCUCGACCUGCGCCGCCGCCGCCUCCCGUUGCGCGGGUACGUGGCGGCGCUGGAGGCGCUGGUGCUGCGGCUCUGCCGCCGCUUCGGCCUGGCCGCCGCCCGCGCCCUCCCGCCGCCCUUCACCGGCGUCUGGAUGGGCGACAGCAAGCUCUGCGCCAUCGGGGUGCACUGCGGGAACCACAUCACCUCGCACGGGCUGGCGCUCAACUGCUGCACCGACCUCACCUGGUUCGACCACAUCGUCCCCUGCGGGCUGGAGGGCAAAGGCGUCACCUCGCUGAGCCGCGAGCUGGGGCGGCACGUCACCGUCGAUCACGUCCUCGAGCCCUUCCUCGAUGCCUUCCAAGAGGUGUUCGACUGCACCUUGGUCUUUUCGGAAGAUCCCGGGGACUAGGGAGAGCCGCGGCGCCUCGGCUGGGUAUUUUGGCAAAACUUCAGUGCAGCUGAUGAACGGUGCGGCAGCCGCCGGGGGCUUUAUUGCGAGACAAGAGAUGUCGUGUCUUUGCCUGGAGACGGUGGCGCAGAGGUUUGGGCUGUUUCUUAAAAAUCCAGAGCUCCGUUGGGGCUGCUUUCCCCAACCCCACAGGCCUCCAUCCCUCGGCUGAGACCUCCAAGGGCACCAUGUCCCUGUGGCUCACUGGGGAAAUGCCCAGACAGGUGCUUUUAUGGGGGGUUUUCUGCCUCUUUGCCUGCAAAAUCCAACAUUUGGAUGAAUGCUUAUGCGCCUGUUGGACAAAAGGAAGAGGGACUGGUUGGUGGAGCAUCCUUCCCUCGCUGCUGGGUAAAAAGAGGCAGAUUUUUUAUAAAGAGAGUUGCUGGGAACUUCA